UCGAAUGUCACUCCCUGGAUGACAGUUAAUGUGAUUUUUUUACUUCUUUGGUGUUUGUUGUGUUUUCGUGGUUGAUUUGUAAUGAAAACAGUGUAAAUAUACAAAUAAACAUGUCUAAAUUAAGUGAAGAUAUAAAAAUAGGGCUGGUGGACUUAAUUAAACAUGUUUCUGGUUUGGAUGAGGGUAAUGAGAAGUUUGUGGCUCUAAAAAGGCAUUUUACAGGUGUUAUAAAAAAGUCUGAUUACAUGUACUUUUCGUCGAACAAAGAAAUAAAUGAUAAUAUUCAAUUUAUGAGCGAUAAAUAUUUAUUACAUGGUUUUUUCGCGCAAGCUGAGGAUCUUAAAGCGGCUUACAGUAAAUAUUUAACGCCAAAUUUAUCGAAAAGCGAGUGUCAAAAUAGGUUGAACAAUGUUAAGUUUUUAUUGGGGAUGUCGGAGAACCCUACAAAGUAUUUUUUUGACAACCCUGAUGAGUUUAUCCAGAAAAAAGUGGAAAAUGUUGAUAAUAUAAACUGGAAAGAGUAUUUAAAUGAGGGUAUUGAAAAAUGGGAGCCUGAUUUCAACGAUUCAAGUGAGUCUUAUAGUUCAGAUGAAUCCACCAACUUUACUGAUGAAAUUCUACAAGUUACACCACUAAACUCCCUACCAAUUAUUACCGAAACAUCACAAGAUGGUAUUGUCACUGAUUUAAGGUUAAGUCGAGAUGAAUUGCUUGCUAAUAUUCAACAUUCAUGGUAUAAAUCUGAAAAUAAUAAAUUUGAACCCCAAAGUGAAUGGCGUGAAGCUAAUAUAGGCAUAUUAUGGGAAAGGCACCUUGAUCAUCAAGUGGAAGGUCUGAUUCCUUUGCCAAAAUCAAAAAUUCUAUCGGAAUACAAAGUUAUUAGGGAAAUAUUGUUUCAGAUAUGGUCAAUGCACAAUUCUGUGGUUUUUGAGAUUAAUGGGGAUAAAAUUAAGGUUAAAAAAGAUGUCACAAUUUCCAGUGUCAGAUCUAUGUGUUUCGAGAACUUCAUGGGAGAAUUUGUGCCCCACAUUGAAUUAAUGGAAGAGUUUAGAGAUUUUUUUCAAUCGACAGACAUAACCUCAAAUUGCCCAUGCACAUACAGAAGUUAUUCUUCAUCUCUUAAAAAAAUUAUCAAUCCAGUAUACAAAAAAAUCGUCGAAUUGGAAGAUUUAAUACGAAAACAAGAUUCGACGUAUACGUUGUUGAAACUGGCGGACGAUUUGUCGGUGAUUUUGGAGCCGAUGCGUGUUUUAAAGCGCAUACAUCAAAAAUCGAUUUUGAACCAGGAAACGGAAGAUUUUUUGACUUGUUCGACCAGUUUGAUUUCAAACUUGCAUGGCGGUUUGCAGUUGGCUUUAAAUAAAGCCGAUCAGGAUUUGAGGUUGACGAUUUUCGUGGAAACCCUGCAUCAUUAUUUGCAGAUCGUAAAUUGUUGGUUGGUUCAAGAUAUCUUUGACGAAGAAAGCGAUUUAACGCGGGAAUUUAUCAUAGAAAACAAAAAUGAUUUAAAUAUCACAAAAAACCCAUCGCACAGGAACGUGGAUUUCACUUUGAAUUUCGAAAUUAGGCGAGGGGAAUUUUUACAGAAUGGUUUAUUGAAGAUUUUGGCUGAAAAAGUUUUAAAAAUCGGAAGAAAUAUACAACUUUUGAGGAUGUUGGGGAAAUAUGAUGUGGUUGAAUUUAAAAAAGAGACAAUCUACGAUGAAUUCGUGCGGAGGAGUUUGGAGGCGAUGUGUAAAUUUUAUAAAGUCGAUUUUAAGGAUGUUUUUAAGGAUAAUGUGGUUUUUCAUGAAGAAAUAGAAACCUUUAAAUUUCCCGUCAUUCCAUGCGAAGGAAACAUAAAAAAUGUUACUGAAAUGGAUAAAUUGGAAUAUUUAGUUGAUACAUCAGAUGGAUUUCUUAUGAAAGCAUUUGAAGAGUUUUUUAUAGAACAAACUAGUACUGAAAUUACACGAGAAAAAACGUUGUUUGAAAAAAUAUCUCAAAUAACAACGCAACAUCUUUUACCAAUUAACAAUUUUUUCGAAAAAGUCCUACAUAACAUUCUGAAAGAAAGAUUUACCGUCUCCGGAUUGAUGGUGAAAAACGUUUUAAUCGAAAAAUACAACUUGUAUAAAGAAAUUACAUUCCUAUGGCACAUAUUUUUAUUCCACGACGAUAUUAUAUUCCCGUUUUACCGGAAACUAUUCAAGAAGAUGAACUAUAGCAGAAACUGGGGUAACGAAAUCUGGCUGACGAGCAACCUGCACGACGUUUUGGUGGACACGUUCCCCGAUUUCUACGCCAAAUGUUCCGUCGCGACGCAGGAAAGCUGGCAACAGUGCGCCAAUUCGCUCGACUGUUGCCGAACCGUCGAAAUCAAAUACGCGGUGGAAUGGCCGAACAACUUGAUCGUCUCGCACGAGCAGAUGCGAAAAUACGAGGCGAUGUUCAAAUUUUUGCUGAGGCUGAAAUGGGGGUUGCAUACCCUCAAUCAUCUCUCAUUUGAAGAUUUGGAGCCGAAAAAAUCAUCUAGGGGGAAAUCGGGUUGUAAGAAGUUGCAGAUGUUGAGGUUUUUGAAGUUUUGCCUUAUCAAUUUGAUGAAUACGGUGCAGCAUUUCGUUUUUGGUUUUGUGAUACGAAAAGGUUUGAUGAAUUUCGAGUUGGAAUUUGAAAAAUCGACGGAUUUGAAUUCGAUAAGAAAAUCGCAUGAGAAUUUCGUCGAUUUUACGUAUGAAAUGAUUUUGAUGGUGAUUAAUGCUGAGGAAAAUAAAUAUGGGUUUAAUUCACUUUUACUGUGUGUCAAAGCUCUACACAAAUUAUGGCAUAAUACACAACAUGUAAGUUUGGAAAAAUUAAAAGAAUGCCAAAAAGUAUAUGUAAAAUCUUACAAAGUUUUGGAUCCAGUAAUAAACCCUGUAUAUAUUUUCGAUUAUUAAGUUUAUUAAUUAUACGCUGUGAUAUUAUUUAUUUAUCAAUAAAAUAGUGUUAUUUUGUAAAAAAA